AUGGAAGAAUCGUUGGACGGUCGCGAGGGCGGCGCCACUGCGCCCGGGUACGACUCGGCGGCCAUUUUGAAUGAUGACGUCUCACCCACGACCAGCUUCUGUUACAACAUACCGAAUCUAUUUAACGGAUUGGGCCCAGGUUCGGUACUCUGCGAACGUUCUGAUACAGAGCCUUCUGAGACAUUUACAAGCACGGAGGCUUCGGAGGAAGCAGCUGAACAUCAACAAUACGAGGAGGACGAAGAGUUCUCACCGAAAUCUAGUAAGUUAAACUUUACAAUUCAUGGUAUCAUUAGAUUUGAUUGA